AUGCCGUACGAAUACCAUCCGCUGCAGGGCGCAGACAUUCGUCUGCUCACGAUUGAGCCCCUCGAAAAUGGCGAGGAAUUCGCAGCUCCCAUCCGUUGCACUCUUGAGCAUGUCGAUUUGGAGGCAUUAGCGAGAGGUUCAGGCUUCAAGGGCCAGAACCACGUCUGGCCGGAGACCGAGUCGACUCGCGAUGUGGCUGCAAUCUUCAAGGACCCCGAAGACGCGCAAGCCCUGGAACAAGUCGGUGGUGCCACCAAAAGCGUCGAAGAACAAUCGUCGGACUGGAACAGUAACGACAACGACUUACCAUGGAGGCACGUCUGGGGCGACUUUCUCGCACUUUCUUACGUUUGGGGCCCGCCAACUCCAAUUCAGUACAUCUUCCUCAACGGCCAUCAGUUUCCCGUCGGACCAAACCUAUUCCAGGCUCUUCUGCACCUCCGUCCAAACGAGAGAAUCCGCCAAGGUUUCAAACUGUGGAUCGACGCCAUCUGUAUCAACCAAGAAGACAUCGCAGAGAGAAGCGCGCAGGUGGGCCGCAUGCGAGACAUCUAUGCGGCGGCGUGGCAGGUCGUGAUCUGGCUAGGCCCAGAAGCUGACGACAGCGAGCUGGGAAUGUCUGCUUUGAGCUGGGUUGCUGCUAGGAACAGAACUCCCUCCCCGUACGAUGGUUUCUACCGCGAAAGCACAAAGAUCGAUGCCCGUCCGCUGUUCAUCAUCUGGGGAACAUUCAAAAGUCCUUUGAAGAAGACAGUCUACAGAGCGUUGUUUUCGUUACUUUCCAGGCCUUACUGGCAAAGGAUGUGGAUCUUGCAAGAGGUGGCCAUGGCCCGUCCCGAUGCGCCGGUUGUCUGCGGCAAGAGUUGCUUGCCGUGGAGGGACAUACACGAAGCCGCAACGUUCAUUAGCAACGACGAGACGAGGUUCGGCCGUGAGCUUGUGGGCAGCACCCGGCCCAGGAUCUUGGAUUCUUGGUCUUUCGAGUUCGCGAGAGACAGAGUUGUCCAAGAGAGGGAUUGGUCAUCAGAGAGAAUGUGGAAUCUUCUAAUGGACAUGACCAAGGUCCAGGAGAAUCAGAAGGAGAUUGCACCUGAGGAAGACAGAAGGCACCCCUUUGAAGUCCUACAGCCCCUCGUCUUAGCAAGAGACGCAAAGAUCACAGAAGAGAAAGACAGAGUGUAUGGGAUCUUGGGUAUCAGGGCGAUUGCAGACAGGGUCGACAUCACCCCCAACUACAAGCUUUCCAUGGAGACGAUAUACCGCGACUUUACGGCGCAGCUUGUGUCAAAAGGCAACUUGGAAAUACUCCGAUUCGUGUCGAAAGACGGAGGCCGCAUUCGAGCGCGGUGGAAUCUGGAAGAUGUUCCCUCCGCCUUAAGCUAUCGAAAGCUGACACCCGUCGUUGGACCUGUGUUGAACUCCUUUUCGAGAUCAGACAAGCAGGAUUUGAUUGGCACGACAUGCCACCACGAGCUCCCUACUUGGGCUGUCUGCUGGACCUGCAAACCUGCGCCCACAGCCCAGCUGCGAGGUCCUUAUUGUGCAGGUGGCGUGGGAAGACUCUCACCUCCAGUCAUUUCGCCUGAUGACCACAGCCUCACAGUUCAGGGGGUCAUCUUCGACACUAUUGGCAGCCUGGGCUCGUUUCAUCCCGCAGAGGUAGACGACACCUACCCCCAGAAUGCCGUUGCGACCACCCACAGUGCUUAUGGCGGACUCGAAGACACCAGGAACGCCCUGUGGCGUACUCUCCUUGGUGACACAACAGUAGACGGUGGCAUCCAAGCCUCAGAAGCGGGAGCCUGGUUGCUUGACCCCAAGAUUUGGAACCAAGGUGUCGCAGGUGUCUUCACGAACGGCUUCGGUCUAGACGAGCUCAUGUCUCGAAACAAGAAGCUCGUCUUAGGCGGCCACACACUGGAACAACUCAUCUCCGGUGUCGUUCGGUCUGGUUGGCGGCAGAAGAUCAAGAGCACUGAAAGGAUUUACAAUCCGACGGAGGAGCAGCGUGGGGUGUUGUCUUGGGCGAUGAAUGUGACAGCCUGGAGAAGGCUCAUUGGAACCACCGCGGGGAGGGUUGGGCUUGUACCUGCCGCGGCCAGAGCUGAGGACAAGAUUGCGGUCUUUCGAGGCUGUAGUACGCCAAUUGUUCUCAGGGCUUUGGAGGACCGAUGGGAGGUCGUUGGGGAGUGCUAUGUGCAUGGAGUUAUGCAAGGAGAGGCCAUAUCUAGCGCAUCAGAGAUAAGUCAUAUCAUCUUGUGUUAG